AAUCUGCAGCAGGAGAUGAAGCCCACCGCCUCCUCUGUGACCGCGAGCUUUCUGUAGGUGGCAGCAUCGACACUGAGGUAGAUGAAAGUGACGCGGUCAAAAUGCCUGAAGUCAUGAGAGGAAUGUAGUCUGAUCGGCAGCCGAGCAAGCUCAAACUGCUGUCAGUGCUGUCUGAUGAGCUAGUAACGAAGGGAGCGUGAUCAGCUCUUGUACUGAAGCUCAUUGACAUCGAUAUCAGCCCCGUGUGUUGCGUGAUCUGUGGGUGGGCUGCAAGGUUGCCUAUCGAUAAGGUCGCGCCAAGACUUUGCUGAGGAAGUCGCGCUAAGGAAAUCGCCCUUUGAGCUUUACAUCGCGGCCGGCUGCGUCGACUACAUCUCGAAUACCUCCAGGUUACUGCGCAGCAUCUCAUAGCUGUCGCCAAACUCCCUUUCGCCUAUUUACACCUUAACGCCACCACCAUCCCACGACAUGGCGACAACAGCACCGAUUCCAAGCUCCACCGAGCAGCUCGUGCGCGCGUCAGCGAAACGUACAAGAGAGAUAUUCGCAGCAGACUUCGCGUCGUCAGGCGCACUCGACCAUGCGCCAAACUCAGCAUUCUCCAUCAUCGCCACUGCUCCCGCACCAUCAACGGCCGCCGACCAGGUCAAUGUCGCAGCGCGCAUACGCAACGAAUACGAGCAUGUGCGCGAACUGCCCCCUGCUCUUGCUGCUAAGAUGGCUGCAGCAGCUUCCACUGCGGCAGAGCGACGGAAGAAGAUCAAGAACCAGAAUGCAGAGGAGCAGGCGUCAGACCCCAAGAUGCGCAAGAUGAUCGCAGGCGCAUCCGAGAAGGCAGACAAGGCCAAGGAUACGCAGUCAAUGGCGCUGACGUUAAGAGCUGGCGGAAAGGGCACAGCGCCUAAUGCGAACGGCCCUACACCGAGCAGGAAUGCGACAUCGAGUUCGCUGGUGCGCAAGGACACAGUUAGGCAGACAAAGCCCGAAUGGCAUCAGCCAUGGAAAGUUUCAAGAGUUAUGGCGGGCCACAUGGGAUGGGUGCGGUCGUUGGCCGUGGAUCCAGACAACAGGUUCUUUGCUAGUGGUGCAGCUGACAGGACAAUAAAACUCUGGGAUCUUGCCAGUGGACAGCUCAAGCUCACACUCACCGGCCACAUCAGCGCCGUUCGUGGUCUGGAGAUCUCGCCGCGACACCCUUACCUGUUCUCAUGUGGAGAGGAUAAGAUGGUCAAGUGCUGGGAUCUGGAGACAAACAAGGUCAUCCGUCACUACCAUGGGCAUCUCAGUGGUGUCUACACACUUGCGUUGCAUCCCACGCUGGACGUUCUGAUCACCGGUGGUCGUGACGGCGUUGCUAGGGUCUGGGACAUGCGAACACGGACGAACGUGCAUGUACUGGGCGGGCACAAGGGCACCAUCUCGAGCAUCAAGGCGCAGGAAGCCGACCCCCAGGUCAUCACUGGCUCCAUGGACGCUACCAUCCGUCUUUGGGAUCUGGCGGCCGGCAAGACGCAGACAGUGUUAACACACCACAAGAAGUCAGUCCGAGCACUAGCACUCCACCCGAAGGAGUUCACAUUCGCAUCCGGCUCGUCGCAAUCCAUCAAGCAGUGGAUGUGCCCACGAGGCGACUUCAUGCUGAACUUCCAGCCCGCCAACAGCAUCGUCAACACACUGUCCGUCAACGAAGACAACGUUAUGUUUUCCGGCGGUGACGAUGGCUCCAUGUCUUUCUGGGACUGGAAGACUGGUCAUCGAUUCCAGCACACCGAGCAGAUUGCGCAGCCAGGUUCCUUGGACGCAGAGGCUGGCGUCAUGUGCUCAACAUACGACAGGACUGGGCUGAGACUCAUCGUCGGUGGCUCAGACAAGUCGAUACAGAUCUGGAAGCAGGACGACAAUGCGACGGAGGAGACACAUCCACUCGACUGGCAGCCUACGCUGGGCCGGCAGAAGUUCUGAGCGGGAUCUGUCAGAGACUGUCAGAGACUGUCAGAGACUGUCAGAGAGGGACUGGCAUUGCAUAUGCAUUGUAGGGUGUUGGGGCGUUCAAAAUGAGAUACCAUGGGCUUGGGUUGAGUUAGCUGUGGAAUACGCAGAUA